AUGUCAGCAAAGGAGAAUAAGUGGGGUUUGUGGAAGCUCAACGUGCAGCGACACCUUCCGGCGGGAGGAGGAAAUUUCUUCCGCCCUCCAUCAUUCGCCCUCAGUCUUCAGCCCUCCAUCAUUCACCCUCAGUCUUCUGCCCUCCAUCAUUCACCCUCAGUCUUCUGCCCUCCAUCAUUCACCCUCAGUCUUCGGCCCUCCAUCAUUCACCCUCAGUCUUCAGCCCUCCAUCAUUCACCCUCAGUCUUCUGCCCUCCAUCAUUCACCCUCAGUCUUCGGCCCUCCAUCAUUCACCCUCAGUCUUUCGCCCUCCAUCAUUCACCCUCAGUCUUCUGCCCUCCAUCAUUCACCCUCAGUCUUCUGCCCUCCAUCAUUCACCCUCAGUCUUCUGCCCUCCAUCAUUCACCCUCAGUCUUCGGCCCUCCAUCAUUCACCCUCAGUCUUCAGCCCUCCAUCAUUCACCCUCAGUCUUCUGCCCUCCAUCAUUCACCCUCAGUCUUCGGCCCUCCAUCAUUCACCCUCAGUCUUCUGCCCUCCAUCAUUCGCCCUCAGUCUUCAGCCCUCCAUCAUUCACCCUCAGUCUUCUGCCCUCCAUCAUUCACCCUCAGUCUUCUGCCCUCCAUCAUUCACCCUCAGUCUUCGGCCCUCCAUCAUUCACCCUCAGUCUUCAGCCCUCCAUCAUUCACCCUCAGUCUUCUGCCCUCCAUCAUUCACCCUCAGUCUUCGGCCCUCCAUCAUUCACCCUCAGUCUUUCGCCCUCCAUCAUUCGCCCUCAGUCUUCCGCCCUCCAUCAUUUGCCCUCAGUCCAGCCCUCCAUCAUUCACCCUCAGUCUUCAGCCCUCCAUCAUUCGCCCUCAGCCCUCCAUCAUUCGCCCUCAGUCUUCCGCCCUCGCUCACCACUUUAGAAACUUAUGGGCAAGACUGUCGUCUGAAAAGAGAGAUCUGAGGGGGGAAUGCUGA